AUCCCCGCUUUUCCUCCUUCCCCAGCCUCUUCCCCUCAAUUUUCCCUGUGAAAAAUGGACUCAAACUGUCGAACUGCUGCACUCUUGUUCUCCUGCACCAUCUUAUUGAUGCUGGUGGGGAUUGCAAACUCCGAUGUGGCGCAGGACAGGGCAGAGUGUGCCAACCAGCUUGUGGGUCUGGCCCCCUGCCUACCGUACGUCGGCGGCAGUUCAAAAGCCCCUACCUUGGAUUGCUGCGCCGGCCUCAAACAGGUGCUUGACAAGAGCAGGAAGUGCCUCUGCAUCUUGAUUCAAGACCAGGAUGAUCCCAGCCUUGGCCUCAAGAUCAACUCCACUCUUGCAGCAACUCUGCCCAGCACAUGCCAUGCUCCUGUUAACAUCUCAGACUGCGUUUCCCUUCUUCACUUAGCCCCAAAUUCAAAAGAAGCAAAGAUGUUUGAAGGAUAUGAAAAGCUCACAAAUGGGCAGAGCAGUCCCCCAGCUGCAGCUACUACUGGAAACUCAACCACCAGUACAACAAGUGCUGAAGAAAAGAGUGAUGGUGGGGUAAAGGAGAAGAGAUGGCUUGGAAUGAAGAUGGUAUUUGGUGUCUCUCUUUGGAUUUUCGCUUUACACCUAAUCUUUAAUGUUUGAUAUAUGGUUUUUGGUUAUUCGGUGUUUCCCUUAACCCUCUCCUAUGUAUCAUUAUUUGUGGACAAUAUUUGAGUUUAUUAUCUCUCUCUACCAUAUGUUGUCUUUUUCAUAUCAUAUACAUAUACUGUUUUGAACUUUCCUUUGCAAGUUGCAAUGGAAAUUAGAGGGGCCUAUAUUGAUUAAUUUU